AUGUACGAUCUUCGAGUUGAUUGGAUACCCUCUUAUUACCAUGGAGAGAAUUUGGCUGGUCUUAUGCGUACUACGUCUAGAUGUGAAAGCGAUAAUUACUUCUUUGGUCAUUUUUGUAAUCCAAGAUGUACACUUGUUGAAUUUUUCACUCACUUUGAGACUGCAAUGGAUUUUCAAAGGCAUGUGCAUAGGAGGAAUGAUCAUGAUACAAGGUAUAUUCAGUCUAAGACCUGGAGUGACUUUGUAUUAGAGAAACAAGCAUCAGAGAUAUAUACCAAAACAAUUUUUAAAGAUAUUCAGAUUGAAAUUGAUGCUGCCAUUACAAAGUGUAUGUCAAAGACUCAUGAUACUGUGGGUGAUGUUCAAUAUUAUGAAAUAAAGGAUUUCAAACAGCCAUGCACAUCUUUAUUCAAGGUUCAAUACAUCAAACAAGAAGAUGGUUUAAGUAUAAGUUGUACUUGCAAAGGGUUUGAACAAUUUGGUACAUUGUGCCGCCAUAUAUUUUAUGUUCUACGGAAUAGUGAAAUUGAUAAAGUUUUUAGAGAAAUCGUUGUUGCAAAUGAAUAUUUGGUUAAUAGGUUGGUUGGGGAUUUAGAUGAGCCGUGUCUUUACAGAGAUCAUAUUAAAGGUUAUAUUGAUAAAGCGGAUGAGGUUAUGGUUGCUACGCCGCCUCCUAGUCGCAAAGAUAGGUUUGCUGAUAUGGGAGGGAACUUAGAAAAGUCUGAUUCUAUGAUUCGUGUCCCGAUCAAAAUAAGGACAAAAGGAUGCGGUGUACAAAAAAGGAUUAAGUAUAAUCGUGAAAUUGCAAUUCAGAAAUCAUCAAAGAUCCAGAAAUCGUGUCGUGUAUGUGGUGGAAAAGGACAUAAUAGUCGCACAUGUAAAGAGAAGGCUUCUUCUAAUGCUAUAGGGUCUAGCAAUACAAUGUAA